AUGGGAUUAAUACUUUUCGCAAUUGUAUCGUUAGUAUUUCUGUGGAUAAUAAAUCGUUGGAAUUCGAGAAGUUUUGUGAGUUUGGCCUAUAAACUGCCAUCGAAUAAACUGCAUACAUUAUUGGGUUGGGGCAAAAUAUUAAGAGGAAAAGAUAUCCUCUCAUGCAUGUAUGAGCAUGGCAAAAAAUAUGGUCCCAACAGUAUAUUUUGGAUGGGACCAUGGACGUUUUUCCUCUCAAGUGAUCCACAAGUAAUAAAGGAAAUUUUAACAUCAAAAAACUGUUUAGAUAAACCAUCACUAAUAUACAAUGGAGUUUCUGCCGUAGGCGGUGAAGAACCAAUGUGGGGUCGUCAUCGUAAAUUAUUAAAUCGUGCUUUUUCCAAUAAAAAUCUAUAUUCAUUUUUUCCCAUAUUUCAUCGUGAAAUCAAUAGUUUAAUUAAAAGAAUCGAUAUAAGUAUUGUAAAGCGUAAGGAUAUUGAUAUGCUGGUGAUAUUACGUGAAUUAACUUUAAAGAAUGCAACACAAACAACUUUAAAACGAAAUUUAGAUUUAACCAAAUACAACACCAGUUCCCUGUCAAAGCAAUUUGAAGGAAUUCUAGAAUUUGUCCGCGAUAUUUGUCUGUAUAAAAUUUUGGUCAUUGAUUGGAUACGUAAUCUAGCUGAGAUCUACAUAUAUAAAACUGCCAGAGAGGGAGUGAGCGUAUUUCGUAAACUUAUCAAUGAAUCUUUGGAUAUAGUUAAAAAUCAUGAUAUAACAGAUCCAAGUUAUUUACCAGAAGUCCAAAGUGUUUUAGAUUAUGCUCUGGAUGGGGUACAACAACAUAAUCUCGAAUUAAAUGAAAUCGAGGGACAAAUUAAUCAACUCUUUACGGCGGCCUUUGAAACAACAUCAACAACAUUGUUUUUGGUACUCACAAUGUUGGCCAUGUAUCCCGAAUAUCAGGACAGAGUCUAUGAGGAGGUAAUAGGUGUUUUAAACGAUGAUGAAAAUGAAAUGACAUCGGAACAAAUAGAUCAAUUGAUCUAUUUAGAAAUGGUUUUUAAUGAAACAAUGCGUAUACUACCCAUAGUACCGAUGGUGUUUCGUACAGUUUCCAAAGAGGAUAUCACUCUUAGCAAUGGCUUGACAUUACCGGUAGGACAAAUUAUUAGUAUUGACAUAUUUCGCUUGCACCGCAGUAAAGAAGUUUGGGGUCCCCAGGCUGAUGUUUUCAAUCCCGAUAAUUUUUUACCUUCUAAUAUGGAAGCACGUCAUCCAUUCUCAUUUAUACCGUUUACCAAAGGUCAGAGAAUUUGUAUUGGUUGGAAAUAUGCCAUUUUAUUUUCCAAAAUUACUUUGGCUAAAUUGAUAAAAACUUAUAAAUUUUCUACAGAUUUUAAAUUUGAAGAUCUAUCAUUUACUAACCACAUAACUUUAAAAUUUGUAGAAGAACCACAACUUCAUUUAGAAAAACGUUAA